CGGUAAACCUCCUCAUCCAUGAUGGUGGUGUUUCCAACGAACACAUCUAGCUCUACGGACAUCUGCGAGAAAGAAAACGAAAAGCUAUCUAACAUUAACACGUAACCACCAGUAACUGGCUGUCAGGUGCAGAGUGUCAACAACAGCAGUCACGCAGCGGCACGGACUUCCGGAUUUGUGACGUCACACCUGAGAUCGGCCUUAACAUUUUUAAAUCUAUAACGAAAACAAAACAUACAGGUUCUGUCACUGAAUCCUGGUCCCAUGCUUUUACUUUGAAGGCCGGUUGCGCUGCAGCUUGAAGCGCAGCUCGCCGCUCAGCAGAGUCUGGUGGAGGCAGACAUUGUUGUGGUAACCGCACAGCUCCGGAGGAUGAAGCGCCUGUAAUGAGCAGAUAACGGAAAACGCCGCCGCACCGUCUGGGCUGCCAGCGGAAAUCUGCUUUCAUUCAACCGAAGCAUAGCGGAGCAACCACAGCCUGGCGACACGAUGCCACCGACGUGAAAACCCACAACAUCUGCGGGGUUUUGCAUCCGUGGGUGCUGGGGUAAAGCUCAGCGGAACCAUCCGAGAUAUCCUCCUCCAGAGGGCGUUUUCUUCUGUUUUCUUGGAUGAUAAGGAGGAGAAAACGGACUGUUGUGCUCCCAGAGGCCUUUAGAAAACACAGCCUGCUGCUGAGGAGAUGAUGGACUGACAUUAAUCGGAGUUUGCGGUGCAUCCUCAUACCCGACCUCAUUAAGGCAGAACACACCAAGGGCGUAUAUUUAAAACAGUACUGUCACUUUGCCUUGAAGAAAGCGAUCUAAAUAUUAAACAUCACAUGUUUCUGGCCCUGUGUUACCUCCAGUGAUUGCAUGGUAACAUCUGGAUCUGGAGGCAGAGGAAGAUGAAGAUGUGAUAACCCUCAGCUGAGCAUCGAAUACAACAACAUUUUAGUGCUUUCUGUAGUAAUUUCUCAGGGACUCUUUAGGUUUUUUUGUACAAUAUGGGCAGUGAGAGUGAGAUCAUAAACAGAGAACUGUCAAAGGUCUCUGAUGAGGAUUUGCUGGCCUGCUCCAAAGAGGAGCUGGUGAGCCGGUUGCGUAAGGAGGAGUCCGAGAAGAUCUCCGCUCUGAUCCAGCGCGGCAGGCUCAUCAAGGAGGUCAACAAGCAGCUGCAGGGACACCUCCUGGAAAUCAGGGAACUAAAAGUCAUCAACCAGCGCCUGCAGGAGGAGAACACUGAGCUGCGGGACUUGUGCUGCUUCCUGGACGACGAUAGGCUCAAGGUGAAGAAGUUGGCCCGGGAGUGGCAGCUUUUCGGCCACCACGCCGCCAAGGUGAUGCGGGAGGACCUGGGCGGCUACCUGAAGAAGCUCGCCGACCUGGAGCGCAUGCAGGACGGGCUAGUGAAGGAGAACAUGGACCUGAAGGAGCUGUGCCUGGUGCUGGAGGAGGAGUGUGUGAGCAGAAGCGACUCCAGCCCCGGCGGGUCCACGGAGCUCAACCUGCCUUGCAUGGUGGCCCGGGACUUGGGGGACGGGAGUUCCAGCACGGGCAGCGUGGGGAGUCCAGACCAGCUCCACCUGGUGUGCUCACCAGACGACUGAUGGCCAAGGGCUUUUCCACUUUGACGAGUGGGCCUUGGACUCCUUAUGUUAGAGAAACAGACUAAAUAGGAGAGAUUAAAGGGAUAGUUCAGGAUUUUUAUAGUGAGGUUAUGUUAAAAGGUUAUUAGAUGUUAAUAUCUUACCUGCAGUAAAUAACUUCAGGGUCCAUUUAAAAAGUAUAUAUUUUUCAAGACUUAAAUCUCAAUUUUUUUUUCGGCAUUUUUAUUUUGCACAUUUUGGGACAACACGUUCUUCUAGGUGCGUUUUAUUAUCUGUGUGUUCCAAAAACGGUUAAAUUACUGGAGUUGGUUUCUGAUAGACACUGUGGUAAAGGGCUAUUUCACAGCUUUUAUUGGCAUCCAUAAUCUCCACCUCUUAGACUUGUGAAAUGGGGUUAUCCUACAUUAAAUGCAGAUCCUUUAAUCUGCUUAAUUUUUAUUGUAAUUAAAAUAGAAUAGAAUAGUUUUCAUAUUUUUAUCUUUCAGAUAACUGAAUACAGACACAAGUGUGGAACCUCAAGCAUUUUUCCAUACAAUGGUUUAUUUUUUUAUACCUGCCAAGACUUGGAAAAAUAAUUUAAUCAAAUGUCUCCCAGAGGUUAACCUAACAGCUAAUCUGAGCAUGGCCAAACCCGACCUCCUCAGCUUAAAACAACUUACGUCUAAAAAACAUUGCGGUUUAUGUGAACGUUAUGUAUGAGCUUUUAAAAUAUUACCAAGUUUGCAUUGGCAAAGAAAAGGAUUAUUUACACAAGAAACGUUGUUUGGAGGUGGUGUACCGCCAAUAAUCUUCCUGUGAAACAUGUACUGAGAACGGAACAUGUAGAUGUAGAGUUUUAUUUCAAAACGAUAUUUCAAAUUGUGACGAUGUCAUGUAUGGAGGACAAACUUUAGAAAGUUAAAACAUUUUAGGAUCCAACUUUAUAGGGGAUUUCUACUAUAAAUUAACAGGUAAAAAAUUUGAUCCAAAGCAGAAAAUUAGUGUCAAUUCUACUUUUUUAUAUUCUCAUGAAGCACUCUUUUCGUGGAUGCCUUAUUUUGUUUGGACUAGGAAAAGCAUUUCCUUAUGUCUUAAAUCAGCUUAUGUUAGGUAUUUAAGUACAUAAAUCAUGAAAUAACAUGACAUAAUGUGUAUUUCAUACAGGAAGAUCAUUGGUGGCGCACCGCCUCCAUCCUUCAUUUCACGGAUGUUCAUCAGUUUUAAAUAAUCAUCAGUUUCCCUCUAAAUAACGGUCCAAUACAAACACGAGUUUGACUCGAACGGUAACGCUUGCAUAAACUACUAUGACAUUUUGGAGAUGCUGCAGUUGUUUUCAGAUGGUAGAAGUCCUGUUUGGUCUUGGUCCCACUAGGACCAACUGGAUUAUCACUAAAUGAAGACAAAGCAAGAGUUAGUUAUUUAUUUCUUACAGGUAAUAUAUUAAAUGUUUAUGACCUUUUAAUUGAACCUAACUUCAAAAAUCCUGAAGCGUUUCUACUUAAGACUCUCUGAAUGCUGCAAAGUGUCUGUGCCACAAUAGGAUUUGAGAAACUUUAUCAUACUACACAUUUCAGGACCUUACCCAGACAUUUCUGACAAAGUAUCUAAGUUUUACAGUGUUUUUCUAUUGAAUCUUCUGAGAUUUCUCCUUUUUCAGUGAUCGGUUGUUGAAAAAGAAAAUUAGGACCAAUAAGUGGGUCACAUCUAUAAAUUUAUCUCAUGCACUGGACUAGCCUACACUGGCAGACGCCUUCUUUUCUAAUGCACUGGAGAGCCUCAUCUAAGAUCAUUAAAUCACAGAUCUAAGGAUGGAUUCUAAUCCAGUUUUGAGCCAUAUUUAGUCCACUGAUGAUUUGAUAUUGGCCUUUGCUACAUAGAUGCCCAAUUGUAUAAUAUUUUAUGCACUCUCUCUUCCUCAGGGCAGGAUUGGAGUGCCAUAUGUGCAUGAUGGUUGUUACUGUUUUUACUACAGGUUGUAGUGCUGUUGGGAAAAUGUGCUGGAGCCUGCAUAGAGCAGGGACACUUAUCAAUGUUUUGGUUCAUUGCAAGUAUUUAGGUAAACCUCACUCAGAGCAGAACUAAGAUUUAUUUUGUCCUGUUUUUAAAAUCCAACUGGAAUCUCUUUGUAUCAAACUGGAAGGUCUACAAACUUUAAUGAUUUAAUUCUAUCCUGAUAACGCUUGCUUCUUUGACCCUUUUUCAUGAUGUUGAUGAUGUUUAAUUAGCACAUCACAGAAUUUCUUGUUUUCUUUCUUUGCAUUUAUUCUGUACCAUUAGGGGUAUUCUUAACUUUGACUCUUCUUUAUCUCGGUUUAACUGUGUUAAUUAUAGAAUUACUAACUAUUUUCUGGGUUUAAAUCAUAGAUAAAUGCACAUGGAUUAGAGAAGAUUUGUUUUGUUGUCAGCUGUUUAUUGGUGGGCUAUGCUCGUAGUGCACUGAAGAGCUUUAAAUACAGUUGUCAUGACUCCCUG